AUGACGCCCUCCCCAAUGCUAUCCAUCCUUCCUUGCCUGCUGCUACUACUAGUAGCUGUAUUCCUGCCGUCGGCCUCUUGCUUUGUGGUACCAGAUCAUGCGACCAAUCGCCUGACUCCGGUGAUACCCCAUCCAUCCAGCAUACCAACCGGUGGUACUACCGCAACAGCAAGAGUGCCAGUAAGUUGCUCCACGGCCUUUGACGCGUGGGAAUGGACGGCCAAUAUUGGAGCCCCGGCGGCUCUUGUUGCGGGAGCCGUCUUGGUGACACUGACCGAAACCAGAGAAGACACGGCACCGAGACGUUCCGAUCUUAAAAGUACACGCUUUCUCAAGCUCGCCAUGAGAUUCCUGCUCCUUACAUCCUUUGCCUUGGAGACGGUCUCCAUCUUUGUGAGCACCAUGACGGGCUCGGUCUUGCUGGGUCAUGGGGAGCAAAAAAUUGCUUCCAAAAUGAUUGGAUACUCGGCUCCUUUACAGCUCAUGUUCCAUCAUCACGAAUUUGAAUAUUUGACAACCCAAAUUUGCUUCCUACAGGGUCUCAUCCAUUGGCUGGCUGCCGUUGCCGUAGAUUUGGUAUUGCCCAAAGGAGGGGAAACGAAGUCGGCAACUCGCAUGAACAAGUGUCUUGCAGGCUGGUUGACAUCCAUGAUAUUAUGGAUGAUGGCCUUUUACAAUCAUCACUUGUCAUUCUACGACGACUACUUUGGCAUGCUGCGACGAUUCUUUGUCCUCUUUGUACAACGUUAUGUUCUGGAACGACCCAUUCGACCAAUGAGUUUGCUCUAUGUCCCAUCCUUUUUUUAUUCCCUACGCUUAACCUGGAAGGCAUUUCGUAGUCCUCCCGAGUUGGAUGACGAGUAA